CUUUCGAGGAUGCCCAAGGCCGGCAGGCGGCGCCGGAGGGAGAAUCCGGAGACGGCAGCCAGGAAGAAGACGACGACGAGAAGCCGGGCAGAUGAUCGAAGAUUGCAGUUCGCAGCCUUCGAGAGUGAGAAAGCCCAACGCAAACCCAAACUAGAUGGUAUGUACGACGACGAUGUGGCCGAGUGCUCGUCGGAGGAAUCCUCCUCAUGUCCACCCAGCCCUCUGCUCCACAGACCCUACAUCCCCGGCGAGCUAGCUCACAGGCCCGACAUACAUGCCGGCUUCAAGCACGCAAAGGCCGAAUACCAAGCAGACAAAGCUUGUCGGUUUGUCUUCACCUUGGACCGCUGCUCUUCGAUUUCGUGCCUGUCUCACCAGCAACACCUUCUCCAUAUCCGUGAGCCUGCAAAGGAUGCUGUGCUUUCUGCCUCCAACUCUAUCAUCACCCUCUCGUCCUAUCUUGAUGAUGAGCCGCUGAAUCGGUGUUGUGGUUUGUGGAUCCAGCGGGACGACGAGAAGAGUACCGCAGUGGUUUUGACGUCCGCGCAUCUCAUUCGUGCAAAGGAUCCUGACCAGUGGAUGGAUGAGUGGACGGGCGAAUAUCAUCGCAAGGCUGAGUUGAGUGACGAUGGAGGCCCUGUCAUUGACUUGGAAGGGAAGGUUGUGGGAAUGGUGAACAAUCAAGUCAAUGAGACAUUUCUACCUUCUUCUAUAUUGCACAAGUGCUUGGAUUCGUGGAGAAAGUUCAAGUGCAUCCCUCGGCCCCACCUUGGAAUGACAUUUACUUCCAUCAAGCUUCUAGAUCCUAUUUGUACUGAGAGGAUGAGGCGUAAGCAUAACAUUGAGUCUGGUCUUAUUGUUGAAGAGGUAUCAAAAGAAUCAAAUGCUGAGAAACUUGGAAUCCGCAAGGGUGAUAUUAUUGAACGUUUCAAUGGAGAAUAUAUUUCUAGUACAAUUGAGCUGGAAAAGAUGUUGUUGGACAUUGGCAGCGACCAUUUUGAACAAGCAAAACGCUUAAAUGCCGAAAUAGAUGUACAAAUUCAAAUAUUCCGUGCCACAAGACUUUGCCGAAGAACUAGAAAUUUGACUGUAAUUAUAUCGGAUUGUGGAGAGGACAUCAUAGAAGGCCUUACCCAAUAACUACUAGCCUUUGAAGACAAGUCUACUAACAAGUUCAUUCUGAACAACUGAUUAAUGCAUGGAGCCAACAGAAUUAACAGAUACAGUAUUCUAUACAUUUUUUUUUGUGUGUGUGUGUCCUCGGAAAAGAACUUCAAAUUACCGUGCCUCUUUAAAUGUAGUUAAUGGACCAUCGAAGCAAUAUAGCUUAGAGCACUACGUACCUGUUAUUGGCUACAUAUUUUGAGUUUUUGUGAGACUUAUAUCAUGCCUGUACUGCGGAUGAUCAAUUGAACUAGUUAAUUA